GCUACCUACUUACUACAGGUGUAUUUCACAUGUUACAUAUUUUACGUAUAUUAUUUAUAUGUGUAUAAACGAAACAAAUAUUAAAAAUGAAAUGCAUAAAGUAAGGAUGCCAUGUUCGGACCGACUUCGUGGAUACGUAAGAGAAUAUGGUAGUGCAGAUGUGUUUUCUAMGGACGGUCAAAUUUUAUUUUGUAAAAUAUGUGAGGUGAAAGUUUCCGCAGACAAAAAGUUUACAAUUUCUCAACAUUUAUCACGAGAUAAGCACAAACAAGGAUUACAACGACAAAUUGCAGGAAUAAAACAUGAAAUGGUAUUACUAUUUUUGAAUGACGCAGCUCCAUAUAUGGCCAAGACUGGACAAUCUUUAAGUUCCUUGUUUUCCAAAAUGAUCACAAGUUCUGUAMACAUCAGCACAAAAUGGUGCCGAUAGUGAUGAAUUGUGCUAUCUAUAUUCUUAAUAGUUUAUGGUUAAUAUGCAACACACGAUUGGCUAAAAUCCCAUCAUCGUAAAACGCAUGAUAUCGRAUCCAG